UGCAGGAAGCAAACCUGCAAGUGUUGUGUUGCAGUUUCAACGUUAGCUAAAGACACUUCUGUUGUGUUAACGCUUGCAAACAGCAUUUAAAUUUAGAGUUAAAUGUUACUUUAUUGCUUUUAGGGAUCGUUUGUCUGCGGUGUCUCAGUGACUCGGCAUCUGAUCAUCUUUGACGCUCUCCAGACAGCUUUGCGAACCUGAUUGUGACGAUGAAUUUGAACAAAAACAAGACUUUGCACCCACACAUGCACGAUGAAGAAGCUCUUGUAGUGGAAAACGCCAUCAGGCUUGCCGUGGACUCGAUAAUAAACGUGCUGUACGGUGUCAACAGCGCCAGGGCUCGGGAGUACCAGCGGACGGUGGCCGACAGGGACAAACAGAUCCAGCGGCUGCAGGGCAGGUUGACGGAGAUCGAGCAGGAGCUACAGGUGUUUCAAACACAGGGAUGCACCUGCCAGGUGUAUGCAAAAGAGCACAGCUUCAUGGGAUCUCAGACCUCCGGUGAACCACAGAGGGGAGAGCAGAGCUGCAGCCACACUGAGAUGAGAGCAGAGCAGCAGGAGUGUGACAUCAGCAUCGCUUUGGGUAUUUUUGCAAGACCCCCCUUACACCUGUCCUCCCAAAGCCACGAGUCAGCUGUUCCAUCUUCCCCCUGCAGAGUGGGUCUGGAACCGUCCUUCACCCCGCAACCCUCCGCGUCCUCAGGUUUAUUCGAUGCAGCUAGGAAUCUGCCUACAUCUCCCAACAGCUUCGUCAUAAAAGAGGAGCCGUGUGAUAUCGACACAGUUUUAAUCAAGUGGGAAAUGAGCGAAGAGAAUUUCGAGGAGCAUCAGGCGAGCACAGGGAGUCCAGCUCAAGACAAUGAAGGCCCAACUGAAGAAGACAAAAUGGAGAACACAGAAAAAAGAACCUUCAGGGAGAAACCUCAUGCAGACCCAGGAGGACAUUGCAACCUUCACGAAGAAGACCUCAGGAACAAAAAGCAGGACCUGCUAACAUCCGAGCGGCAGGAGGAGGCUCAAAGACUGAAGAGGGCUGCCUGGAGAGCAGCUUCAAGGCGCUACUAUGCCCGAAAAAUAGCCCGCCAGCAGGCAAACCCUUCAAGCUUAGGCCCCUUCCCCCUACAGCGCAACUUUCCCCCUACACGGUUACCCCCAUUCCCCCCACGGUCUGGCCCCUUCCCGCACAUUACCGACACCCGGUAUUCCCAGCCGAUGUCUUUCAAGGAUAAGAGGAGGAGGCCGCUGAUCUCUGAGUUAUCUGAAGAGUCUCAGUCACUGCAGAAGGAGGCCUGGAGAACCUCGUCCAGGAGGUACUAUGUUCGAAAAAAUGCUGACCACCAGACAGAGCCCACCCAGUACCCACAACUGCUUCAGAACACUGAGUCAUCCAGAGAAACACUGGGACCCAGCAGAGGGGGAUCCCACUCUAACAGUGGCGGCAUAAUGUGCAGCUGAUUGAUUCGUUUUCUAUUCUACAUAUCUAAAUAUUCGUUUCAUUUUGUUAUGUAAAAAUACAAUUUGUUAUGGUUUGUACUGAUGUUGAUGUUGGUCUCAGGUCUUCUGAUAUUAUUCAAAUAUUGUGCACUCGAGUGUUUAAAAUCAUUAAUUUGUGUUUUUCUUCAUAGUUUAUUUCUGCUAAUAACCCUAAAAACAACACUGCAUUUAUAUGACUUUGAUUCAAAUUGAUCACCCUUUUAUUAUUUGCCUUCAUUGUUGCAUGCCUGUGGGAAAGUCUAACUGCAAGCUAAGAUUAAAUGACUCUAUUCCUGGCUGAUGUAAAGCUUUUCUACCGUAUUAUUCUGUAAAAGCAUCUGCAUUAAUACAGCGCCCCUGGAGUCAAACAUCUGUAACUACAAUAAAGGUAGAGCUCAAAUGUU